CGCAACGACACAGACGCGUCCUCUCGCAGCCACUUGUCCAGCUGUGCCUCCUCGCAGAGCGCCGCGCGAUGAGAGCAGAGCGCUGUCGGCCAGGCUGCUGAACAUCUCUGGGGGGAGAGAGACGCCUGUUUGCGCCGGACAAACCGUGGAGGGACCUCCACCUUCGACGGGCAGGGCGCAGAGAAUGGGCAAAUCGGAAAGCCAGAUGGACAUCGUGGAGAAGUGGCCGAAGGCAGGCAAGCACCGCUGGAGCGCCACCGAGGUGGGACUGUCGGUGCUGCUGCUGCUCGUGAGCUGCGCGCUGGCCGGGCUCGUGGUUCUCUACACGUCGGCCGUGCAAGAACGAUCCCACCGAACCGCCCCCCCAAGGAAGGCGCUUGUUGACGGCUUGUUGUAUCGUCAAAACACAAACAAUGUUUGCACUACCCCAGAAUGUGUGACAUCUGCUGCAAGACUCCUUCAGAACAUGGACCCCAAGGUGGAACCCUGCGAGAACUUCUACCAGUACGCCUGCGGAGGCUGGUUGGAGCGACACGUGAUCCCGGAGACCAGCUCCCGACACAGCAUUUUUGACAUCUUAAGAGACGAACUGGAAAUCGUGCUGAAGGGGGUUCUGGAAACCCGGAACGGCAUGGACAGAGAUGCAUUCAAGAAAGCCAAGACGCUUUACAGCUCCUGCAUGAAUGAAAGCUUGAUCGAGCAACGCGAUUCGCAGCCGCUCCUGAAGCUCAUCGACACCGUCGGGGAUUGGCCCGUGGCCUCGGAGGACUGGAAUAGCACCGGAGGAGACGCGUGGAGUCUGGAAGACACCCUGGCCACCCUCAACGCUCGAUUCCACAAAAAGGUUCUGGUGGACCUAUUUGUGUGGACGGACGAUCGCGAUUCCAGCAGACAUAUCAUCUACAUUGACCAGCCUGGGCUUGGAAUGCCAUCGAGGGAUUAUUACUUCAAUGAUGGCAGCUACAAACGCGUGAGAGAGGCGUACCUGAAGUUCAUGGUGUCCCUGGCGAAGAUAGCUCGGGAGGACAGGAACCUGACACAGGACGAUGACCGCAUUUGGGAGGAGAUGAUGAUGGUGAUGGAGCUGGAGACAGAUAUUGCUAAUGCUACAUCCCCCGCCGAAGAGCGCCAGGAUGUCACCCUGCUUUACAACAAGAUGACGCUGAGUGAGGUCCAGGAAACCUUCGGUCUCAAUGGCUUCAACUGGACUCGGUUUGUUCGAGGCGUGCUCUCUAGCGUCGCCAUUGACGUGCAGCCCCAGGAGGAGGUUGUGGUGUAUGGCGCCCCCUAUCUGCAGAAGCUGGGUGAUGUGCUCAUCAAACAUGAUACCAGGACCAUGCAGAAUUACCUUACCUGGCAGCUCAUCAUAGAGAGAGUGAGCAGUCUAAGUCGGCGCUUCAAGGAGGCACGGGCUCAGUACAGAAAGGCACUGUAUGGGACCACCGCUGAGGAGGCACGCUGGCGGGACUGCGUACGCUACGUGCAGAGCAGCAUGGAGAACGCAGUGGGUGCCCUCUACGUCCGUGAGACAUUUGCUGGGGAGAGCAAGCGCAUGGUGAGUGAUUUGAUCAAGAAAAUUCAAGAGGCCUACGUGGAGACGCUGGAGGAACUGAGCUGGAUGGAUGCUCAGUCUAAAGAGAAGGCCAGGGAGAAGGCCAUGUCGAUCAAGGAGCAGAUUGGUUACCCCGAUCACAUUCUGGAAGAGAAGAAUCGGAAGCUGGAUCUAGAAUAUGCUCAUCUGAACUUCAGUGAGGAGAACUAUUUUGAGAACAUCCUGGAGAACCUCCAGGCAGGGGCACAUAAGAGUCUGAGGAAACUGAGAGAACCAGUGGAUCCUGAUGUGUGGAUUAUUGGAGCUGCAGUGGUCAAUGCUUUCUACUCUCCUAACAGAAACCAGAUAGUUUUCCCUGCUGGAAUCCUGCAGCCUCCUUUCUUUAGCAAACAUCAACUCCAGGCUCUGAACUUCGGGGGAAUAGGAAUGGUAAUCGGACAUGAAAUCACCCAUGGCUUUGAUGACAAUGGACGCAAUUUUGACAAGGAUGGGAACAUGAACAACUGGUGGAGCAACUACUCUGCAGAGCACUUUAAAGACCAGUCCCAGUGUAUGGUGCAGCAGUACGGCAACUUCUGCUGGAAGCUUGCAGGGGGGCAGAAUGUCAGUGGAAUCAGCACUUUAGGGGAAAACAUUGCAGACAACGGAGGGGUCCGUCAGGCGUACAAGGCCUACAUGAAGUGGGUGGAGAGGGAAGGUGAGGAACAGCGUCUGCCUGGCCUGGAUCUCAAUCACAGACAGCUGUUCUUUCUCAACUUCGCCCAGGUGUGGUGCGGCUCUUACCGACCAGAGUACGCCAGCCAGUCUAUCAAGACAGACUCACACAGCCCCCUUGAAUACAGAGUGAUGGGAUCUCUGCAGAAUUUCAAUUCAUUCUCGGAGGCGUUCAGCUGCAAGCCAGGUAGCCCCAUGAACCCUGUGGUGAAAUGCAGGGUGUGGUAACCAGUGGGUGCUCUUCACUGUUUUGAUGUGGAUGGUGGGGGCCGCAGCUAGGCAGCCAUGUGCCUGUCUACCACAUCUUGUGUCCUACCCGCAUUGCUCAGCGGAAACUGCUUCCAGCGCAGGCAGCGGAGUUGCAGAGGACCGUCUAGAGUGGACAACACGUAGAAGUUGCUGUCUUUGCAAAUUAAAACAGCUAGGGCUAUGUUCUGAAAGUAACGACAGUCAGUCCUGAUGUGAUGUAGAUAGCGCUGCAAGAUCGGAGGUGAGUUUUCAGCGGCGGGUCUCCUGUCCGAUGGACUUGCAUAUUCUUUGCUUUAACGAGUAGGUGUUGCCUGUCUCUGUUUACAAAGUGAAUCGUUAUUAAGUGGUUAUGUACAACUGUACACCUGCACCUACAGUACACGUUGAAGGUAGAGCAAUUGCCUUACUGGUCAUUAAGGUAGCCAGGCCUACUGCUAGCUUUUAUUGCACUUUUUAACGCUACGGUGAGAAUUCUGCCUAAAGACGUUUCCCCUGCCUGAAGGGAAUGGCAGUGAAGAUGCGUUAAUGGCGCGAGGCUGCUUCCAGGCCAGAGUCCCGCAUAUAACCCAAGCUUUCCUUCCACCUUCAGGAAAAUAAUUUGAAUCUACUGACAAGGAAUAUUUGAAAAAUACUUUGCCCAUGGGGGAAAAAAAAAAGAAGAAUAAACUCAGUGACAUUAAAACAAAUAGCCUGUGAAGCAGUUAAGCAUGUAGUCAUGCUGAGCUACUCCUAUAAUGAAGGGACAGUGGACAGUAAGCAGUAAACUGGAAGAUGAGUGACUCUAAGACUGUUAAACAUGAGCUUUAAUCCUAGAUGUGUAUGUAUAUUUUAAAUAAAAAAAUGAAACAGUUCUGAAUGCUGUUUUGAUAAAUUGCCUUUUUAAAAUCGUGCCAAGACAUUUACAAAUAAAACUACAGUACUGUUAUCAGAGUAUCUUCUGUCGCAAAUAAAUUCGUAUAUGUCAGUUAAUCCUA